ACGUAAAAAUCGGUUUCAAUUAUCAUUCGAUCCCGACUCUUCUCUUCUCCACCAUUCACCUCAAUCAUUUCCAUCCCCCAAUUCCCUCCUCCUCCUCCUCCUCCUCCUCCGCCCCCGAAACCCUAGCGAGCGCCCCGCGCCGCGUGCGCGUGGCGGAGACCCGUGCGCGAUGUACCGGAGCGUGGCCUCGGGACCCGCGAUGGCGACGGACGUCGGCGGCGGCGGCGGCGGGGCGGACGCGGUGGUCACCCUCGACCAGGUCCCGCGGUGGAGCGACGCCGACCAGCACGGCGGCGGCGGAGGCGGCGGCGAUCCCUCGGCGGCGCUGUUCUCGAGCUUCUCGGAUCCGCUCACGGCGUCCUCCGACGCCGGGGAGGCGGAUGGCGGCGGCGGCGGAGGCGUGGCGUCGAGGUUCCCGGUGGAUCACGAGAUCAAUUCCAAGAUCUACCUGUGGCGGGGCAACCCUUGGAACCUCGAGGUCGACGCUGUUGUGAAUUCCACCAACGAGAGCUUGGAUGAAGCACAUAGUAGCCCUGGCUUACAUGCUGCUGCUGGGCCUGGACUUGCAGAGGAAUGCGCGACAUUGGGUGGCUGUAGGACCGGAAUGGCGAAAAUGACAAAUGCAUAUGAUCUCCCUGCAAGAAAGGUUAUUCAUACAGUGGGUCCCAAAUAUGCAGUCAAAUAUCAUACUGCUGCAGAAAAUGCCCUCAGUCAUUGCUAUCGAUCUUGCUUGGAACUACUAAUUGAAAACGGACUCCAAAGCAUUGCCACUGGCUGUAUAUACACAGAAGCUAAAAAUUACCCGCGUGAACCAGCUGCUCAUGUGGCAAUAAGGACAGUGAGACGAUUUUUGGAGAAGCAGAAAGACAAAAUCACCGCUGUCGUCUUUUGUACUACGACAUCAUCUGACACAGAGAUAUAUAAAAGAUUGCUUCCACUUUACUUUCCCAGGGAUAAGCACGAAGAAGAAAUUGCUGUGUCUAAGCUUCCAGCAGAUGUUGGGGAUGAGAAUGGUGAGACAAUAAUCGAUGAACGGAAAAUUAGAAUAAAACCAUUGCCCGCUGUUUCAACAAAUGUUCCAAAACCAUCCACGGCCCCGGUAGAUUCUCCUGUUGCGGAUCUUGGGUUGACAUUGAGGCGGGGUUCUUUCAAGCUAGAUUCAUAUUUGGAUCCUGCUUUUAUGUCAUUGAUUAAAGAUCCAGAUCAGCGUCGGAUGGAGCAGUGGGAGAAAGCCGCCCAAGCUCGGAGUGGAUUUAAUUGUGGCAAGCUGCUGGGAUUUGGUGAUCUAGGUGGCCCUCCGUUAUCUGCUGCCGAGGAAUACUCGCUUCAUUCUAGAUAUCUUGCUAAAGCAAAUUCUGUGAACCUCUCAGAGAUUGCUGAAAUGAAAAUUGUCUAUCGCGGUGGCGUGGAUAGCGAGGGGCGUCCUGUGAUGGUAAUUGUAGGAGCUCACUUUCUUCUUCGAUGUCUUGAUCUAGAACGCUUUGUCCUCUAUGUAGUGAAGGAGUUUGAACCGUUGAUUCAGAAGCCUUACACUCUUGUCUAUUUUCACUCCGCAGCAUCUUUACAAAUGCAACCAGAUCUUGGAUUUAUGAAGCGGUUGCAACAGAUCCUUGGUCGUAAACACCAGCGCAACCUACAUGCGAUAUAUGUUCUGCAUCCAACCUUGGGAUUAAGGGCCGGUAUCUUCGCCUUGCAGCUAUUUGUUGAUGGAGAGGUGUGGAAAAAAGUAGUAUACGUAGACCGACUUGUUCAACUUUUCAGAUACGUACCUCGUGAGCAAUUAACCAUUCCUGACUUUGUUUUCCAGCACGAUCUCGAAGUGAACGGAGGAAAGGGGCUCAUCGUUGAUCCCAGAACGAAAUACAUCUACCAAAGACCCUCGGCGUGACCUUUCUUUUGCCGCAUCAUUGUAAGACGUGUUUGUUCGAUCUCUUGUAUUAUAUCUGAUUACUUCCUGUAUAAUAGUUAUUUGCGUAUUUUAUUGUCUCUUAUUGUUCCUCUUUCUUUCCUUUUGAGGGAUUUUGUAUUUACAUUUAUCGACUCUCCUAUUGUACGCUGUUAAAGAUUAAGACUUUAUCAUUUAUAUAUAUGCCUGUGAAGUAAAUUGUUCCCCAA